AUGGCUUCACUUCUUCGAGCCCUAGGCGACUUCCCUCGUCGCCUCGCUGCGUUUCUCGACCGUCCUGGCUUCCCAUGGAAGAGGCUUAUACUAGGCUUUUCAGUUGGCCAAUUUGUCCUUGAGGGGCUUCUAUCACUUCGACAGUAUCAAGUCCUGCAAAAGACGAAGCCCCCCAAGACACUCGAGGAUGAAAUCUCGCAGGAGGUCUUCGACAAGAGCCAAUCUUACGGCCGCGCAAAGGCCAAGUUCGGCUUCAUCUCUGGUCUCUACUCCCAAAUUCAAAACGUUCUCUUCAUUCAAUACGAUGUGCUGCCCAAGCUGUGGUCUUUGACAGGUAUAUGGCUGGCACGAUACCUGCCUGCACGCUUCUCCGGCGAAAUCUCACAUUCGGUCUUGUUCUUCCUCACCUUCAACCUGAUCUCUCAGGUUCUGUCGCUGCCUCCCUCUUAUUAUGGCACUUUCGUCCUCGAAGAGAAGUUCGGAUUUAACAAACAGACGGUCAAACUCUGGUUGACAGAUAUGUUGAAGGGCCAGGCUCUGACGGUUGCUCUGGGCGUCCCUCUGUUGAGCGCUUUCUUGAAAAUCAUUCAGGUGACUGGUACACGUUUCUUCUACUAUUUGUGGUUGUUCGGUAUUGUCGUCCAGCUUUUCGCCAUCACCGUUUACCCCGUCUUCAUCCUCCCUCUAUUCAACAAGCUCUCUCCACUUGAGCCCGGCGAACUUAAGUCCGGCGUUGAAGCAUUGGCCUCGAGACUCCAGUUCCCUCUCAGUUCUCUAUACGUCAUUGAUGGAAGCAAGAGAAGCGCACAUAGCAAUGCCUACUUUUUCGGUCUACCAUGGAAGAAGCACAUUGUCAUCUACGAUACCCUGAUUGAAAAGAGUGAACCUCAAGAGGUCGUGGCCGUUCUGGGACACGAACUUGGUCAUUGGAGUUUGUCUCACACUACCAAGCUCUUCGCCAUUGCUCAGUUCCAUAUGUUCCAUAUCUUCGCUCUCUUCAGCGUCUUCAUCGACAACAACUCCCUCUAUUCUUCCUUUGGGUUCCACAAGUCGCACCCCAUCAUCAUUGGCUUUAUUCUCUUUUCCGACGCUCUCGCACCAGCCGAUGCUGUUGUGAAACUCCUCAUGAACAUUCUCUCCCGCAAAUUCGAGUUCGAAGCUGAUGAGUUUGCGACGAACCUCGGAUUCCAAAAGGAGUUGGCAAGAAGUUUGAUCAAGCUGCAAGUGCAGAAUCUCAGCACCAUGGACGCUGACUGGAUGUAUGCAAGCUAUCAUUACAGCCACCCCAUUUUGGCGGAGAGGCUCGCGGCCCUUGGAUGGAAGAGCUCCAAGCCCGACCCAAAUGGAAAAGUCCUGGAGCUCGAUGAGAGGGUUGUUGAUGCCGAAGUUGUCAAAGCCUCAAACAGAGAGUUGUAG